AUGGUUGUUGCGAAGAGGGAGAAGGACCACUGGGCAAAGAUUCUCCGGAAUGCUGUGGCGUGGAGAAAGAAGCUGCAGAACCGUACUAUCCUGACGGGAGGCUACAUGAAACCCACCAUUCUCCACGGUCCCUUGCCCCGCAUGAAGCCCCAGCCUCUCCACGUCACUGGCAUGAUUGUUUACAGGAAGAAGGCCCGCGAGCGGCGGCUCAUGCGAUACCUGGCAUACAACGAACAGAUGCGCGACAUCAAACGAGAGGCACAGAUAGAGACGAUGCUAGCACGGUCCCACAAGCAGAUGCUACCGUUCUUCUUUGCAGGUGCACAGGACGAAUGGAUGAAACCAAUUCGAGAGCACCAGGCACUGAUGGAGCUGAGCUACGCCCGCGAGUACCAGCGCGCGAACGCGUCCUUCCCUCCGAAAAUGCUGAAGCAGGUCAAGAAUGCGCGGCGCAUGAAGGUCGAAAACAAGACGCGUGAGCGGCAGCGGGAGCUCGCGGGGCAGGUCAUCAACCGCACAAUCCGGCGUGCACGCAGGGGCCCACCUGCGCACGUCCUCACUUUUAUGACGCCGCGACGCCGCUAUUACGACCGGGUCGCGCGCAGCAGCGUGACCGAGGUCGGAUACGUCGGCUGGGUGAAGAAGAAACUAGGAUUCAAGCUCAAGAAUCCAGAUCCGUUCGCGGUGGAGAAUGGCAAGGAGGCGGACCAGCCGAAGUUGGAUGCGGAGGAGGAAGAGAUUCGGAAGGAGAACUUACGUAGGAGGGUCGAGGCGUGGAAGAGGAGGAAUGUCGUAUCGGUGCCCGAGAAAGGUGCCAAGGAGAAAGGCGAGGAACAAAAUGUGAGCAAGUACCCUAACUGCUAA